ACUUUCAAACAAAAAAACAACCCCACAACAAGAAAUAGCUCUCUCUCUCUCUCUCUCUCUGACCUCUUUAGAGAGAGAAUCACUUCAUGUUGAAUUAUUGGAACUAGUGCAAGGAAGUUUACUUCUAGGUCUUCUCUGGUUUUGUUUUCUCAAUAUUUUCUCUUCCAUGGAAAACCAGAUUAAGGAAAGGAGAGAGCUUCAUAGAGGAUUUUUGGAUGGCUUCUCUCCUGUGUCAACCACUCGGAUUGACUGGAAAUCUCGCAAGAGAUCAGCUAGCGGGAGGAAUAUAGACAAGGUAACAGAGGACACUGCUUACGAAACUCCCAACAAACAGGAAGAACCUCAAUCUCCCACCGAGACGAAAAUCCAGGACUCUAAUACAGUGGUACUGCCUCCUGAGCUCUCCGAGCGCAGGAAGGCUCUCUUUGAACCAUUGGAACCUACAACCCAUGUUAGCGGAGGGCGACCCUCGAAUGAGAGCUUGCUCCCACCGCCUGACUUCGACUCCGCAACUUAUCCCCGGGGGUGGCUCAUCGGCAAAAAGCGGAAGCUCGUCAAUGUCGAUGUUGUUGAGAGCAUGAGAAGGAUUGCCGUCCAAGAAAUGAACAGAAAGGAUAGGGAAAUUGACGAGCUAAAUGAGGUACUGGAUGAGGAUGGGAAGGUCUUGGAACAAUUGCAACAAGAGGUUCUGGAAGAAAAGUGCAAACGAACUACUCUGGAGAGGGAAAACGCAAUGUUGAAAGACCAAAUCAAAUUGCUUAUGGAAAUGUUGCAAGAAGGUGAAGAAGAAGACGAGCCAGUUGGGGAUGGGGGUCCCAAUGAAGGCCCCUAAAUCAUUUAGUUGUUUUUGUAGACAUAUAUAUUUGUGUUUCUUUAUUCUUUUAUAGAUCGUCUUUGCAAAAAGUUAGAAGCAGGCAAAGUUCCAUAUACAUCUUUUGGUGUUAUCAGUGUUUGUAUGCUGGUGCUGACAGCGCUUUGAAUACCUUUUACGUUAUUGAACUGUAUAAGGUGUUCUAUUUAUAUGUCUUUAGACUUCAGAAUUGCUGAAGGGUACAUAUGCAAGAAUUUUAAAAAAGGGUUUUGGUGUUUUCGUGUG